AUAGCUACUUGUCAUUAUGUAAUCUUGUAUUUCUAGCUCUAUACAUAUCAGCUACCCUUAACGAAAUUGUUCAUUUAUUGCAGAGGUGCAUACCAGUAUUUCUUGAUGAGGAUUUUAAUUGGUGGAUUCUUGAGCUUCCAGUUUCCAUACAUACGAUUAUGCAAGGCAUUUUGUGAGUGCUUGUACUCGUAUACUUGGGCUAAAGGGUACACCUGAAGGAGUAGAGGACCAAGGAAAGCUUACUCGUGUUGCAGCGUUUCCAAUUGGCAUAGACUCUGACCGGUUUGUUCGAGCUUUGGAAAUUCCUCAAGUCAAGGAACACAUGAAAGAACUGAAAGAGAGAUUUGCUGGUUGGAAGGUGAUGCUGGGGGUUGAUCGUCUUGACAUGAUCAAAGGAAUUCCACAAAAGAUUUUGGCUUUCGAAAAAUUCCUAGAGGAAAAUCCAAGCUGGCGUGAUAAAGUAGUUCUACUUCAAAUUGCCGUGCCAACCAGAACAGAUGUUCCAGAAUAUGUUGCACUUGUUACUUCUCUUAGAGAUGGAAUGAAUCUUGUGAGUUAUGAGUUUGUUGCUUGCCAAGCAUCCAAGAAAGGAGUCCUCAUUCUGAGUGAGUUUGCAGGUGCAGCACAAUCGCUCGGUGCUGGUGCCAUUUUAGUAAAUCCAUGGAAUAUCACAGAAGUUGCUGCUUCCAUUUCUUAUGCUUUGAAUAUGCCAGCUGAUGAAAGAGAAAAGAGACACCAGCAUAAUUUCAUGCAUGUAACAACUCAUACAUCUCAAGAAUGGGUUGCAACCUUUGUUAGAUGGAAUAACAAAUAUACUGGUAGAAAUGAAUGUUAUAGCACCACAUGCUUUUGUUUCAUAAGUUUGGUUUACCCACAUCGUGAAAAUAUUGUGGGCAAUCAACCAACUUAUGAAGAGUUAGUUGAACGACUUAAUGCUACAACUUCCCGCCUUAAUGCUACUAACGAACAACUUAGUGUAGUUGUGGAUAUACUUCGUCAUAACAAUUUGAUGGCACCUCCUCCUCCACCUCCAACAGACCAAGCUUCAGAUGCAAAUUUAAGAGAGUCGCCAUCUAUUUCAGUUCGGGAGUUACAAGAUGAUUCUUAG